AUGAAGAGACAGCUGGUGUUUGCCUUUGUGUUGUUUCUUCUCAAGCACAAAGUCACCUACGCAACGAUGUGGCCGACUCAAGGACAUUCAGAGCUCAACGUGUACUUGCAAGGAUUCACUCUUGAAUCGUCCAAGGUAGAAACAAUCUUUGAAUGUUACAGAAGGUGUGAGGACAACAUACAUUGUGCAAGCAUCAACAUGGACCUGACGAACAAGACAUGUGAACUGAAGUACUCUACCAAGACCAGACACCCAGAGAACAUUGUUAGUCAACAAAACACCAUCUACAUGGAGAUACGGGAUGAUAACGCUGCUCCAGGGUCGAGGUCAGAUAUACCAAUCACAUCUUGUAAGAAGCUCAAGGAGGAUGACAGCCAGGCAAAGUCAGGUGUUUACUGGAUGAAGUUCAAUGAGACAUCCUCUGCGCCAUUCCAAGUGUUUUGUGACAUGACCACCGAUGGAGGAGGCUGGACCCUUGUCUAUAACUAUCGAAUCCUCAAAUUAAGCAACUUUGAACACAAGAGUAACGCAGUCAGUCCAAUACCAAACUGGCCUGUGGACACGUCUAAUGGGAAAUGGGUGCCACAGUCAACGACAACCCCGCUCARUGARUCUUCUUACUCGGCCAUGAAUUAUGYUUUGUGGAAGAAGAUUGGUAAAGAGUUCCUUCUAAAGCCUAAUAUCACUAACUGGGUAGCCUGUGUAGAAGGAACUGGAAGUCUUGUGAACUGGGUGGAAGGAAGUGUGACGUGUAGAGUUGUCAAGGCCAUUACACCAACCUGUACCACUGUCACUCCAAACAUGUUCACAAUUCCAAUUUGUGGGCCAUCUUUAUCCUUGAAUGAUAAAAAAUACAUUUAUUUAGAAGGAAAAACCAACUUCUGCUAUCCUGUCCAUGAUCCUUGUGGUAUCAGAUCUGCUGGUAAUCACCUGACCAAUGUAACCAAUCCUGGUGGAGCGAUUUACAUUCGCUGA